UGAGCGGCGACGCGCACUUUUAGGACGCGCUUGUGACCCGCCUUCCGGAAGGAAGCGGCUAACUAUGGCGACCGCCACGGAGCAGUGGGUUCUGGUGGAGAUGGUACAGGCGCUUUACGAGGCUCCUGCUUACCAUCUUAUUUUGGAAGGGAUUCUGAUCCUCUGGAUAAUCAGACUUCUUUUCUCUAAGACUUACAAAUUACAAGAACGAUCUGAUCUUACAGUCAAGGAAAAAGAAGAACUGAUUGAAGAGUGGCAACCAGAACCUCUUGUUCCUCCCGUCCCAAAAGACCAUCCUGCUCUCAACUACAACAUCGUUUCAGGCCCUCCAAGCCACAAAACUGUGGUGAAUGGAAAAGAAUGUAUAAACUUCGCCUCAUUUAAUUUUCUUGGAUUGUUGGAUAACCCUAGGGUUAAGGCAGCAGCUUUAGCAUCUCUAAAGAAGUAUGGCGUGGGGACUUGUGGACCCAGAGGAUUUUAUGGCACAUUUGAUGUUCAUUUGGAUUUGGAAGAGCGCCUGGCAAAAUUUAUGAAGACAGAAGAAGCCAUUAUAUACUCAUAUGGAUUUGCCACCAUAGCCAGUGCUAUUCCUGCUUACUCUAAAAGAGGGGACAUUGUUUUUGUGCUGGAGUGCAGCAGCAUAAUCAUGGCUCAUUGCAGCUCGACCUCCCAGGCUCAGGUUAUCCACCUGCCUCGGUCUCCCAAAUGCCAACUGUGGGGGGAAUAAAGUUGCUUAGCAACGUGGAAAUGGGAGAAGCUAUAAGGCUUCCCAGUGUUCACGCGAUCGUCCCUAUUUCUGUGCCUCUUCCACCUUUCAUCCCAGAGGUUAACUGGUGCUGUGAAUUCUGAAAUGUGUCAGACCCACACUGCAGUCUGAAGGCUCUCUCGACCUACGCUUGCUCCAUCUCCCGUUUAUCCUCCAUUUAUGAUGUUUCCUCUAACAAAUUCUUGCAUAUCUAACUUUGUCAUGUCAUCUGCUUCUCUGAGGACUCAAAUUAUCACCCGGGAUUUUGGAAAGAAGUUUUAUUAGAAGUUUUAUUAGAUGUCUAGUCCACUGUCUUAAUAAGAAACCACCAUGAAGUUUUUAUGUUCUUCAAAGAUUACACAUUUCAAGUUUCAUUUAUCUAUGGGAGAAUGAAUUACUUUCAACACAUUUA